AUCAAUUAUAAAUACUAGUACAGAAUAACAAAAUGAAUAUAGAACAAAGAUACUUUACCAAUAAAAAAGAAAAGAAAAUAUAGAAGAAAGAUAGUGUUGAGGCCUUGAGCCUCGAGGACACUGCAACUAUACUAUACAAGUUGCAUUCUGUUCCAAUGGGCGAUACUAAUAAUGUUAAAACAAAACGACACACACAAACACGUCGUCUGAGGACACGUUAUGGAACCCGUAGUCAAAACGCCACCGUUUCGACUGAACCGGUUUCCGAAACUACCACCAAGAAUCCAUCGCCGGUUUUGCCCGAUGAACUCAUCGGCGAGAUCCUCGUGAGGGUUCCAGUGAGAUCCCUCAUUCAAUUUAAGUGUGUGUGCAAAUCAUGGAAAACCCUAAUUUCUGAUCCCCAAUUCGCAAAGCGCCAUCACCUGAACUCAAAUUCGUAUCCACAAUUGUUCUGUCCUCUCUUCGGUGAAGGAGAUUUGGACAUCGUUUCUUACAAUGUUGAGUCAUUGUUGGAAAAUAAUUCAACCAAUUCAAACCCUAUUACACCCUAUAAUACCUUCGCCACGAACCACAAUUACGUAAUUGUAGGUUUAUGCAAAGGAUUGUUCUGUCUGAUUGACAUUGAAGAAAGUUAUGUGAUACUGUGGAACCCUUUAUUGAAUUUGAAAUCGAAAAAAUCUCCAACCAUGGUUUCUCUUUAUGGUGAUGAUGAUAGUGUGUCAUAUCAUGGUUUUGGUUAUGAUCAUGUUAAUGACAAAUACAAGGUACUAGUAAAUGUGUGCAAUUUUAAUAAAUAUGGUGAAAGUGUGACAAGAAUUUACACAUCUGGUGAAAAUUCUUGGAAAACGAUUGAGAAUAUACCGGGUGAUCCUGAUGAAAUUCAUUUUGAUACCAGCACAGGGAGAUUAGUGAGUGGCAAUUUGAAUUGGGUAAUAAAUAAAGAUAUUAAUUCUAAUGAAGAGGUGAUUAUUACCUUUGAUAUUAUGAAUGAGACUUAUGGGGAAAUGUUGCUGCCACCACAUGAUGGUGAAAAAAUGAGCAAUGUUAUGUUGGAUGUUUUGAGUGAUUGUCUUUCUCUGUGUUUUGAGUCAAACCAAAGUAAAUGGGUUGUGUGGAUGAUGAAAGAAUAUGGAGUUGGUGAGUCAUGGACAAAAUUGAUGACCAUCUCUAAUGUGUUUUUUACAAUAGAGCCUCGUAUGGUUGAGGCAGAGAGUAGUGAUGAACCGGUUAUGAUCCCUAAUCAGAAUGUUACAAUGAGGCCUUCUUAUGUCAACUCAUUGUUCAUUUCUGAAAAUGGUACUAUACUGGUUAAUACUAUGCGUUCCAAAAUUGUCUUGUAUAACUCUUGUCAUGGUAGGUCGCAUUAUCCCAUUAUUUCUAGCUUCAUUAAUAUUAAUGAACUAGAGUUUUACCAUGAGAGUCUGGUAUUACCGGAAUGGUAAAUCACAUUUUUGGAGUCUUUUAAGAUUUAUUUUAAAUCAUUUCUUUGUAUUCUUAUUUAUCAGUAAUAGUCAUGGUUGUA